AUGGCCAGCCCAUUUUCCAUUGUUGCAGCAACAGGGCAACCCUGUAAGGAUGUUGACGUGGACUGUGCUGAGUACGACACAACGUGGUGCUCUGACCCAAAGUACGAAGCAUGGGCGAUCUACAAAUGUCCACAACACUGCUCAAAAUGUAACGUCGCAGAUCUGCAAUCAAAACCUCUGACAUUGUGCCAAGACAACGUUGACUGUAGGUUGUAUGGCCAGACAGCAUGUGGUGGAACACACCAAGCAUGGGCGCAACAGCACUGUCCGGAAUACUGUGGCUUUUGUGAAGGAAUUAACCGACCCCCAAGUCAUGCGUGGAUGCGAUUCCUAACUGUGGUCAAUACGCCACCAUCUGCAGAAACCAAAGCUUCACCAUAUGGGUUGAUGACAACUGUAAAAACCUGCGGCCUCUGUCCAGUUAAGGAUGAUGCCGAUAUUUUGUUGCGGUCUUAAAGAUUCAUUUAAUCCACCUCAUCUGUUCCCCGACUGGCUGCAGAUU